AUGGCAACAUUAUUAAAUGUUCAUCGAGUAAAAUAUCAAUGUAGUUGUGGAUCAUUUAAGUCAUUAUGUUAUUUAUAUUUUUGUCGGCAUUGUUUGAAAAUAAAAUGUAAAGAUUGUGUUAUACUUGAGGUCGAUUGUCGCUUUUGUCCAAGUUGUUAUGAACAUCUUCAAUCUCAUGAAGCGAUAACACGAAAAAAUCGUUGUCAAAGUUGUUUCUCAUGUCCAUGUUGUAAUCAUACAUUAGUAACACGUGCAACAAAUACAACAGCAGCUGCAUCACCCAGUUUAAAUAUAACACCUGAUAGUACAACUACUGCUAGUCUUGAUGUUGAUGAUACUAUUAGUAGUAGUACUAAUGUUAGUGGAUUACAAACUCCAUCAAAAAAAGUUUAUUAUUUAGCUUGUAGUGUUUGUCGAUGGUCAACACGAGAUAUUCGUCUUGUUGAUCAACCAACAUUAAAUUCAUGGAAAGCACAAGAUAAUAUACAUGAAGGAAGAUUUAAUGAACUUCUUCAACAUUAUAAACAAAUAGCUACACGUGAAAAACAAGAACGUGAUAGAAAAAGAUAUUCAACUGUUAAAUUACGUACAUCAAUGCCAACGACAGCCAAUCGAUCAACGUCAUCAUCUGAUAAAUAUGGUUUAUUAGCACCAUUAACUCGUCGUGGUAUACGUACAAGUGGAAUUCUUAAAACUCCAUCAUUAACUGAAUCAACAAAUCCAGCAAAUCCAUCACCAAAAUCUGCUGAAACAAUCGAACAAAUCGAAGCACUCGAUGAAAAUUUAUUUUUAAAUGAUUCAUUUGAUUUUAAUAAAUUAACAACAAUAACUCAACGUUUAAAUUCAGUUGAAAUUCAACCAUUAACAAUUGAUCGUCUUUAUCCAUUAGCAAAAAAUUUUACAUCAAAACAAUCCAAACGUUGUAAAGAAUGUGAUCAUAAUGUACUUAAACCCGAACCAUCACCAAAAUUAAUUAAAUUUAAAUUACAUCAAAUGGCACUUUUUUUUAUUCCUGAAAUACGUAUUUGGUAUCAUCCAACAUGGUCAUUAAAUGAUAAUAAUUCAUGUAUUCUUUCGAUUAUAAAUCAACUUGAUGAACAAACCACAUUAAAAAUUUAUACAUUAGAUGAAAUACGUGAAGAAAAUACUGAUAAGGAAUUAAUUGGCCGAAUAAAUCAAUUCGAUGAAAAUAUUUUAACAAGUAAAUUAAUAUUUCCAUUAGAAAAAGAACGUUCAGUUCAAUUACAUGCCCAUGUGGAACCAAAUGAAACUGAUACAAAAAUUGAUGAUGAAUUACGUCAGAAUGAUUCGAAAGAUUUAGUUAUUUAUCGAAAAUUUGCUAAAAUAGCUAUUCGAUGUUUUAUUAAAAUAAAAUCCAACAAUGUCAAAACAGUUUUAAGCGCAUUUAUUAUUGAACAUCGUGUUGUUGGUAUAUCACCAAUAGUUAGUACACCAACACCAACAGGUCCUAAUCCAAUAUCACAAAAUGUUCGACAUAUUGUUUUUAUUGAUUUUGGUUCGAUUGAUGAACCAGCACUUCCUUUACACUCAGCAUUAACAUAA